CUAGGGUUUUGCCGCACUCCCUUUUAUCAUCCCUCAUAAGGUCUGAGAGCUGCCGUUUCCUUCUGCGCCUUCGCCCUUCUUCGAGCUCUAAUCGGCCUCUCAUUCUCUUCGGAGCAUCUUCAGCCAUGGCGGACAAGGCAGUUACCAUCCGGACCAGGAAGUUCAUGACCAACAGGCUUCUCUCCAGGAAGCAAUUUGUCAUUGAUGUGCUUCAUCCAGGCAGACCCAAUGUGUCCAAGGCUGAGCUGAAGGAGAAGUUAUCUAGAAUCUAUGAUGUGAAAGACCCAAAUGCUAUCUUUGUUUUCAAGUUCAGAACUCACUUUGGUGGUGGAAAAUCUACUGGGUUCGGUUUGAUAUAUGAUUCUGUUGAGAACGCUAAGAAGUAUGAACCAAAAUACAGGCUAAUCAGGAAUGGACUUGACACUAAGGUAGAAAAAUCCAGAAAGCAGAUGAAGGAAAGGAAAAACAGAGCCAAGAAAAUCCGUGGAGUUAAGAAGACCAAGGCUUCGGAUGCUGCCAAGGCAGGAAAGAAGAAGUGAGAUUGCUGGAAUUUUGUGCCUAUCACCAAGGAUCAUCUGCAGAAUUCUGUUCUCUACCUUUUAAUAGUCCUUUUUUUAGUUUACUUUUUUUUUCACCCCAAAAUGAAGUUAUGUUAAUCAGUUAUUUGGUUGUUGGUGACUAGUGAUAUGGAAACUGUUGGUUCUUUUCAGAGGACAAAAUUUUUGACAUUAUAGGAAAUAUAUUUCCUUGUUUCCCAUCCU